AUGGCGAGAACGCCGGUUUAUUUUUUGAGUCAUGGUGGGCCGAAUAUCAUGUAUGAUCAUGAGCACCCGGCGUAUCAUAAGCUGGGUGAGAUUGGAAAGGAAAUUACUACCAAAGUGAAGCCGCGCGCGGUGGUGGUUUUCUCGGCACAUUGGCAGGCGGGGAGGGAUACUAUCCAGGUUAAUACGGCGGAGAUUACGGAUUUGAUUUAUGACUUUUAUGGCUUCCCUAGUCAUUACUACAAGGAGAAGUAUCCUAAUGUUGGGAGUCGGGAGGUUGCGAAUAAGGUCCUCGAUGCGUUGAGCCAGGCGGGGAUUAAGGGAGAGGGGGUGAAGAGAGGUCUUGAUCAUGGUGUGUGGGCGAGUUUCAAGUGCGCUUUUGAGCCUGAGAAGAACCCUCUGAAUGUCCCUGUUGUGCAGGUAUCGCUGUUCAAAACGGAGGAUCCUGUCCAGCAUUACCGACUUGGUCAGGCGGUCUCGAGACUCCGGGAGGAGAACAUCUUGAUCAUCGUCUCCGGCAUGGCGGUGCAUAAUCUGCGCGAUAUGCAAUUCACCUGGGGUGACCCGCGGCCUUUGCCGUAUACUGCCAGCUUCGAUGAAGCUCUGAAGGAGGCCGUCACGAAAGCGCCAGCGGAGCGAGAACAGGCUAUGGCAGAUUUGCUGAAGCGGCCGGAUGCUCGGCAGGCACACCCGUAUUUCGAUCACCUGCUUCCGAUUCAUAUUGGAGCCGGAGCUGCGGGCGAUGAUGUUGGAAGGAGACUGUGGACCUUGAAGGAGGGAAGCAUGAGUUGGGCGCAAUAUAGAUUCGGCGAAAUCGCCAACAGUACUAGUUCUUUGUAG